AUGCCUCAAGGUGAUGUUGCCAUAGUUGGCAUGGCAUGCCGCUUUGCCGGCGACGCCAAGUCUCCCGACGAAUUCUAUGAAAUGCUCCUCAACGGCAGAGAUAGCUGGUCCAAGGUUCCUUCUUCGCGGUUCAACGUCGACGCCAGACAUCAUCCUUGGGCUCAGCGACGCGGAAGUCUGGUCUGCAACGGCGGCUAUUUCCUACGGGAAAGCGAGGCGAAAUGGGACGCCCCCUUCUUCUCCUGCUCCGCUGUGGAGGCGCGUGCCAUGGACCCCCAGCAGCGUCUCCUUCUCGAAGUCGCGUACGAGAGUCUCGAAAAUGCAGGAUUCUCCCUCGAGGCCAUGGCAGACACGGAGACGGGCUGCUUCGUAGGUGGAUUCACAAACGAUUACAAAACGAUCAUCCAGCGAGACACACUCGCCACACCACAUUAUUCCAUGCCGGGGUGCGCUUUGGCCCUAUUGUCUAAUCGCGUCAGUUGGUUCUAUAACUUGCGCGGCCCGUCUGUGACUCUAGACACGGCUUGUUCUAGCUCGUUGACGGCGCUGCACUUGGCAUGCGAGUCCAUCAACUCCGAGUCGAACAAGUCGCGCUGCGCGCUGCAUAUUGACGAUGCCAUACGCGAUGGAGAUGCCAUUCGCGCCGUCAUCCGGGCAUCAGGCAUCAACUCAGACGGUCGAACGGCCGGCAUCGUCUUGCCCAACGGCGACGCCCAGGAGAGGCUGAUUCGUGCCACGUACCAGAUGUCCGGUCUUGAUCCCGCUGACACGCAGUACGUCGAGUUCCAUGGCACCGGGACCCGGGCCGGCGACCCUACCGAGAUGGGUGCCGUUUCCAGGGCAAUGGCCAGCCCGAACAGGUCGACGCUUUACGGCGGCUCGGUAAAGACGCAGAUCGGGCAUACGGAGGCGGCGGCCGGCCUCGCAGGCCUAGUCAAGUGUGUGCUUGCAAUGGAGCGAGGCAUCAUCCCGCCCCAGCUCAACUUUGACAAGCCCAACCCUCGCCUGCAGCUCGAAUCUUCCAACGUCGUCAUACCAACAGCGCCGGUCCCAUGGCCAGAGUGCGAAACACGGAGAUGUUCAGUCAACAGCUUCGGGUUCGGCGGCACCAACGCCCAUAUCAUCCUCGACGACGGGCGCAGUUACCGCCAAGCCAAGGUGCCGGCGGCCAACGGCCUGCUGAGCUUAGAGGCAAGCGCACCUCGAAACAGGCCGGAUGCUGUAGCUGUCGAGAACGAAUCUGCAGGCCCCGAGGCCCGUGUCUUCGUGCUCUCGGCCCCUGAGAAAGACGCCGUUGCGCGGCAGUGCCGGGCACACGCCGACCAUGUUGAGGCACACUGCACGGCUGACAUGCUGCUGCAUUAUGCCUAUACUCUGGGCGAGCGCCGGUCUACCUUUCAGUGGCGGCAUGCAGUGGUUGCCGGCUCUAUCGACGCACUCGCGGCCUGCUGGAGGAAUCCUGACCUUAAGGCUGCCAGGGUCAACGCUCGUACGAACAUAGCCUUUGUCCUCACCGGACAGGGCGCGCAAUGGCACGCCAUGGGACGCGAGCUAAUCUCCUUUGACGUCUUCGCAUCAUCUAUUCGACAGUCUGCUGCCUGUCUGGCUGCCUUGGGCUGUCCAUGGGAUGCCUGGUGCGAGCUCAUGAAGUCCGAGUCUGCGUCCAACAUGGCGCUUGUGGACCUCCUUGAGCACUGGGGGGUCAAGCCUUCUGCCGUCGUUGGCCACUCUUCUGGCGAGAUCGCCGCCGCCUACGCCGCCCAGGCCCUGUCUCGAGAAAGUUGCCUGAACAUCGCCUACCAACGCGGCGUCGUCUCCGAGAAAGCCAAGACACUUUGCCCCGGCGGCUCCAUGAUGGCUGUCGGCUUGUCCGUGCAGCAGGUCCAGCCGUAUCUAGCUCGCUCCAAGCCUCCCGUCGUGGUGGGAUGCGUCAACAGUCCCAGCAACAUCACGCUCACAGGCGACAGGGCAAGUUUGGAAGACCUACGGACGGUUUUUGAGCAGGAAAACAUAUUCUGUCGUCUACUUCAGGUGGACAAUGCCUACCAUAGCCAACAUAUGCUCAGCGUCCGCGAUGACUAUCUGAAGAGCAUCAGCGACAUUACACCGGUUAAAAACUCGGCAAUCACGUUUUACUCGACCGUCUUGGGUCGGGAGGUCCCGACUGCCCAGCUCACAGCUGACUACUGGGUCGACAACAUGUGUUCACCAGUUGAGUUUGUGUCGGCCCUCGACGACAUGGUAUAUGCAAACACCGAGACGAGGGAAAUGAAGAGAAAGUCUAUGGCGACAAACUUGCUCGUCGAGAUUGGGCCCCACGGAGCACUAGGCGGCCCGAUCCAGCAAUUCAAAGUGGCCCGUGGCGGUUUAGACCACUUGGACUACUGCUCUCUCCUCUCGCGGGGCAAGGGCGCGUCGCUUACGGCUAUGACAGCCGCCGCCUCCUUAUGGAUGAAGGGCGCAUCGGUCGAUCUCACCAGGUUGAAUAGGAUGGGCGAGACGUCUGAGCCCGCCACUGUCUUGGCCAACUUACCCUCCUACCGCUGGAAUCAUUCUACGUCGUACUGGCACGAGACACGCGUCUCAAGGAACGAGCGCUCACCCGCCUUUCCGAGGCACGAUCUAAUCGGGAACUAUCUACGCCUAUCGGAGGUGCCCUGGCUCAAAGACCACCAGGUCCACGGCGACAUAGUCUUCCCCGCGGCCGGCAUGAUAUGCGCAGUAAUCGAAGCUCUUCGUCAACAUGCAGCGUCCAACAGCCACGUCAAGAACAUUUCGGGCUUUGAGUUGCGGGAUAUUUCAAUCUCCCGGCCCCUGAUUAUUCCAAACGACGAUGCCGGUAUUGAAACUUAUCUGCAUCUAAAACGAAGAAAGCUCGGCAUGCGCGGCGCUGAAAGCUCUUGGUUUGAAUUCUCCUUCUGUUCGUGCCAGCAGGGAGACGAGUUUGUGGAACACGCCUGCGGGCUCGCUCAGGUGCAGCACGCGAGGCAGCCGACUGAAGUCGAUGGAGGCAAAGAACUGAGAGAAGAGAUUCUGGCCCAUCGGAAACGGUGGGUAGACAAGCACGGAGCAUGUGAGCAUGAGGUGCCUCUUUCGACUCAUUUCGAAUUCUGCAAGGACCAAGGCAUCGUCUUUGGUAAUACCUUCCAGGGCCUGUCCAAGAUUCACCAAAAUGGAACCACGGCUUCGUUUGAGGUCACAAUUCCAGACUCGCGCUCUACUAUGCCCGAGUCGUGCGAGAGCGAUUACCUUCUCCACCCUUCCACGCUUGACGCCGUGAUUCAGACUGUCAUGGUUGCAGUCCCUAGAAUGGAUGGCGUCCCCAAGCAAGCCUGGGUUCCGACUGCCGCCAACUCGAUACGAGUUUCAAGCGAUAUUGCCGGCAGGCACGGAGACGUUCUCCACGGCAUAUGCGACACUUCGCUUAACUCUCCUCGAGAGAUGGCGAGCUGCAUCAUGGCUGGCGAUGGAAGCUUCGACACUCUUCCAGGCCUCAUCAUUGAUGACAUCAGAACGACGGGCCUGGGUUCCACGCGCAGCUCUUCCCAGCUGGCUGAAGAGGCCAGCAGUACUAGGAUCUACGCAUCACCUACUUGGAAGCCGGAUUUGGAACUCCUUGGAACGUCGGACCUGCGAAGAUUAGUCCUCAGCAAGUUGGCAGAUGAUCUCGACAUGGGCAAGUUUUGCUUCGAGAGCUAUAACAUCGUCACCGAGUUAUGUCGGCUUGCUUUGCAGAAGAUAGGCUCGAGCACCAGCUCGCUCCCACCUCAUCUGCAGAAAUAUGUCGGAUGGCUACGGGCGCGCCCCCAUACAGAGUCUCAGGAAACCAGUCGAGACGACUCAUGGGUACUGAAGAGACUGAAAGACUUUUCUGAGAAAUAUCCCGUCGACGGAAACCUUUUGCGCCACGUUUUCGACUCGCUAGAUGCCAUCUUUGCCCAAGAGGCGGUCCCUAUCGCCGUGCUGAUGGCAAACGAGAACUUUUCGAAAUAUUAUCGGGAGGCCCAUGGCAUGACUGUUACCAGCCAGAUCUUCCGAGACUGGUUCGAUCUUAAAGCGCAUAAGAAACCUAGCCUGAGAGUCAUCGAAAUCGGUGCCGGAACAGCCGCAACAACCCUCCCCGUACUACAACAGCUAGGAAACGACGGAGUUGGAACGCCGCGCUUCUCUAAGUGGACCUUUACCGACAUUUCCCCGGGCUGGUUCGAAAAUGCAAGGAUCUUGUUGGGCGACUGGAAGCAGCGUGUCGAGUAUAAGGUCCUGGACAUUGAGAAGGAUCCUGUGGACCAGGGAUUCGAGGCCGAGACAUACGAUGUUGUGCUUGCCGUCAAUGUCCUCCACGCCACCAAGAAUAUCCAGCGUACGCUUGAAAAUUGCAAGCGUUUGCUAAAACCCGGCGGCAACCUUGUCCUUGGUGAGAUUACCAACCGCAAUGACAUCGGCCAUUUCAUAGUCGGCGUCCUUCCUGGAUGGUGGGCUGCCGAGGACGGAAGGAAAAAUGGACCACUGCUCCUUCAGUCGGAAUGGGACGACGCUCUUAAGGAAGCCGGAUUCUCUGGCACCGACGUCGUCUUAUCCGACAAUGAUGAUGUCGACGCUCACAGGGUGUCCAACAUGGUCAGCACCAAGCCUCAUAAUCGGGCAGAAGCCUCACCCAAGACCGUCGUGGUCGUUGUCCCUGAUGAUGGCUCCGAAUUCACCGAGAGACUUGGGUUUCAAAUUCGCAGGAAACUACAGCAUCUCCACGCGAACGUGGUCAUCAAAAACCUCAAGGCCGCGUCGGCUGAGGUCCAGGAUUCAACCGUCAUUUCCCUCCUAGAGUAUGAAUUGCCAAUUUUUGAGGAUAUUAAGCAAGAUCGAUUCAACCAAGUCAAGCAUCUUCUUCUCUAUAACAAACAAGUGCUCUGGGUAACCAGAUCGGAUCCCGAUGACGGGCCAGGUCACCCCAGCAAGCGCAUUGUAUCUGGGCUCAUUCGAUGCCUUAAAUCCGAGGACGGAUCUCGCCGACCGCACGAGCUGCACUUUUGCAGGCCGUUGGAGGAGGGUGAUGUUGAUUCGGCGAGUUCAGUCAUAAGCCGCAGGAUCUGCAGCAUUUGGCAGACUGAGCUAAGCGGACCCGACGAAAUGGAGACCGUGGAGCAGAACGGAGUCUUCGCCAUCCCUCGCUACAUGCCAGAGCAAGCUCUAAAUAGCACCCUCGCGCGGAUCGUUAAUUCGGAUCUGGCGGUUGGGCAGCCCGGUAUGCUAGACACGCUUCAUUUUGUUGAUGACGAGGCCGCCUCUCAGCACUUGCUCGAUGACGAGGUCUACAUCGAAGUCCAGGCGUGCGCCCUGAAUUUCUUGGACAUUAUGAUUGCUAUGGGCGAGAUUCAACGUCCUGUCUUGGGCUAUGAGGCUGCUGCUCUCUCGCUCGAGGACGCAGUUUCAAUUCCGGUUGCCUAUUCAACUGCAUACUACACCUUGAUCGAAAUCGCGAGACUUAAAAAGAGAGAAUCUGUGCUUAUCCAUGCCGCAGCCGGAGGCUUGGGCCAGGCUCUUAUCCAAAUCGCCAAACUUUUGGAAGCCGAAAUCUUCUGCACCGCUGGUAGCGAAUCGAAAAAGCAGGCUAUCGUUGCUCUCGGCGUUAUGCCCGACCAUAUCUUUAGCUCCCGCGACCUUUCGUUUGAUGCGGGCAUUAAGCGUGUCACUCAAGGCCGAGGUGUCGAUGUCGUUGUGAACUCGCUGGCGGGCGAGGCACUACGCUUCAACCUCGAGGAUAUGAUCAUCUCAGACCCGCCUCGAGCCUCGGAACUGGUGUCGAAAGUGCUCAAGCUAUUUGAAGCAGGCGACGUCGACCAUAUACGACCCAUCGUGUCGUACGACAUUUCGAAUAUUGAAUCUGCGUUCCGGGAGAUGCAGCGCGGAUCACACAUCGGCAAACUGGUUCUCCGAAUUACAUCCGACUCGCAAGCGCCCGUUAUACCGCCAAAGCCGGCCACUCUACGACUUAGGCCGGAUGCAACCUACCUGCUGGUCGGCGGCCUCGGCGGGCUCGGUCGGGCCCAGGCUUUGUUCAUGGCAGACCUUUUCCAUAAGAUGAGUUACCGACAAUGGGCCACGGCGACGAAGCCCAAGAUACAAGGGAGCUGGAAUCUGCACCAACUACUCCCGGAUGGUCUGGACUUUUUUGUCCUACUCUCCUCUCUGGCCGGCAUCGUCGGUUCCAUCUCACAGGCCAACUACGCAGCAGGAAAUACAUACCAAGAUGCACUAGUCCACUACCGACGUUCGAAAGGCCUAGCGGCCCAGAGCAUUGACCUUGGGGUUAUAGGGGGGAUUGGCUAUAUACACGAGCACCAAGACGUUGCGGCACGCAUGAAUGAUUUUGGGUUGAAAUUCUUUCACCUCCUUCAGUGUGCACUGGCCAGCACCGGCGACGGCAAGAACUCCUUGCCAAGGCAGCUACUGGUCGGAGCCUGCAGCGGGGGUAUAAUGCAGGCCGCACAGAAAACGAAUCCCGAUGCUCACUUCUCCUGGCUCCAGACCUUUGCGUCUUUUGCCUAUCUUCGGGAGCUAGACGUCCAGGACGAAGCAGCGACAGACGUUGGCGACAAGGCUGAGGGUCAGAAGCUUCUCGACCAGCUCAGGCGAUCCAAGUCAAUAGACGAGGCUAUCGACACGGUGCAGCAGAUUCUGCUGGCGAGGAUUUCUAAGAUUGUCUCGGUGGCCGUAACCGACAUCAACACGACCAAGCCGGUCCAUACAUACGGCGUCGAUAGCCUCGUGGCAGUGGAGCUACGCAACUGGUUGGCCAAGGAGCUUAAGAGUGAUAUGAGUAUUUUCGACCUGACAAGCAACGCCCCGAUCAGCGAUGUUUGUAGGAAGAUUGCAGGCAGAUCGCAGUUGAUUGUAAAGAACUGA